AUGGCGGGAAGUCAGAAUGACCGGCCGAAAGAGAGCUCGUCCACGUCUGAUGGCCGCGUCAUCCUCCACGUGGAUCUGGACUGCUUCUAUGCCGCGGUGGAGGCUGUGCGGCUUGGUAUACCCAGGGACACGCCGCUUGCCGUGCAGCAGUGGGAGGGUUUGAUCGCUGUGAACUAUGCGGCGAGGGCAAGGGGCGUGCAGAGGCACGACCGCGUGUUUCAAGCCAAGCAAAAGUGUCCGGAGCUGCAGCUGAUACAUGUGGAGACGGUGGGGGGGGCGCCAGGAGCAGGGCGCAAUGCCGGCAAGGUCUCAUUGGAGCGCUACCGGGCCGCCUCUCAGCGCGUGUUCUCUGCCUUCCGCCGCGUGUGCCCCAUUGUGGAGCGCGCGAGCAUUGACGAGGCAUACAUGGACGUGUCUGCUAUGGUGGAUGCCAUGCUCUCACGCCCACCUGCUGCAGUCCCGCCUGCACCAGAUGAGGCCUGCCCAGCCACAGGUGCCACCUUCCCUGCUGCUACUGCUGCCUGGGAGGAGCAAUGGAAAGCUCUGUUGGAGAGUGUGACUGAGGUGAAGGCAGGGGGUGCGACUGAGGUGAAGGAAGGGAGUGUGACUGAGGCGAAGGCAGGGGAUGGGACUGAGGUGAAGGAAGGGAGUGUGACUGAGGCGAAGGCAGGGGGUGGGACUGAGGUGAAGGAAGGGAGUGUUACUGAGGCGAAGGCAGGGGGUGGGAUUGAGGUGAAGGAAGAGAGUGAGACUACAGCGAAGGCAGGGAGUGUGACUGACGAGAAGGCAGAGGGUGCAACUGAAGCAAAGGCUGAGGAAACUGAUGGAGGGUGUAAUGCGGAUGGAACAGAGAAGAACGUUUCAGAAGAGGGAGGAGAGGGGAAGGAUGGGGUGCAGCAGCCGCAGCAAAAGCGAGUGGGGGAGAGGAAGGCAGAGCAUGGAGGGCCAGAAGGUGAUGGAUCAGAAGGUGGUGGAUCAGAGGGCAGUGGAUCAGCACAGGCACCAGCGGUUCCCAAGGCACGGCUGGUGGUGCGGGAGGGACCUCUGGAUGGUCACGACGAAGUGGAGAGGAGGCUGCAGGCAGGAGUGGUGGUAGCCCACCGUCUGCAGCAGGAGGUGCUGGGCUCGCUGGGCUACACGGUGCCACCUCGUGCCGUCCCUGCCCUGAUGGAGGACGUUCCGCUCAAGAAGAUCCGCAAUCUGGGCGGCAAACUGGGGCAGGCAAUGGGGUGUGCAACCGCAGGCCAGGCACAGGUGCUGGAGCUCCCAGACCUCAUAGCCAGGUUCGGGGAAAGGCUUGGGAACUACGUUUGGAGGGCUGUGAGAGGGCUGGAUGAAACACCAGUCGCUGGAUGGCCAUCCUGGCUCAGGAGCUGUCCUUCCUAUGAUCUACCUCACCCACUUUACUUCCCCCCGUCUCCGUUCUGGUUCCUCCCCCUUCUCCUCCACCGCUUUCCCUCCCUGUGGCAGUCGCUGGAUGGCCAUCCUGGCUCAGGAGCUGUACUUCCUAUGAUCUACCUCACCCACUUUACUUCCCCCCGUCUCCGUUCUGGUUCAUCCCCCUUCUCCUCCACCGCUUUCCCUCCCUGUGACAGUCGCUGGAUUACCAUCCUAGCGCAGGAGCUCUCUCUUCGCAUGCUCAAGGACGCAAAGGACAACAAACGCCGCCCGCGCUCCCUGCACCUGCACUAUAGGGGCGGCAGUGACGGUGGCGGUGGCAGUGGUGGGUGGGGAGGAGGGGGAGGAGGGGAGAAGUCAAGGUCAUGUGGCAUGCCUCGAGACAUAGAGAGGGUGAUUGAGGGGUUUGUGGACCGAUGGUGCAGGGAAGGGGGGAAGGCGGAGGGAGAGGUGAGGCAGGAUGUGAAGGAGGAGGGGACGGAGGAGGGGAGAGAGGAGGAAAGGGAGGAGGGGGACAUUGGAGGGAGAGGAGAGAUAGUGGAGAGGGCUGAGGAGGGGAAGAUUGGAGGGAGAGAAGAGGGAGUGGCGAGGGCUGAGGAGGGGAAGAUUGGAGGGAGAGAAGAGGGAGUGGCGAGGGCUGAGGAGGGGAGAGAGGAACUUGGCGAAGAGGCAGAGGGUGGGGACGCUCCCUCAAGGGAGGGAAGGGCGAGAGGAGAGACGGGAGUGGAAGGCGAGCAGGGUAUGGGUGUGGGUAUGGGAGAGGACGCUGUAGGGGAGGGGUGGAUGGAGGAGGAGAGACAGAAGCUGCAGGCGCUGCUGUGUGCUGCGGGCCUCACUCUGCUGGCAGGGGGGUCCAGUCAACCCAGUCAACCUGGUCAACCAAGUCAACAGGGUCAGCAGCAGGGCCAACAUCUGCAUGCUCAGCCCAGUGAGCAGCAGCAAGGCACGGAGGCCAACAAUCCCUCCACCAAUCUAUCAACGCGCCAGUCCAGCAGUCACCCUCUCCCCGCCCACUUCCCCAGGCCCCUCUCGUGGGCGUGGGCGCCCUGCUCUCGCCUGGCCCUGUCAGCCUCGGGAUUCGAGCAGCUGAGAGUGAAGGUGGGUUGGAGAAGCACUGCAAGCAUAGCAGCAGCUGAUGCGUCAGGCCAUGGUGUGCCCGUUGCACGCGGCCCAGCACAUGGCACAGCAGCACUUCGUGACUCGUCGUCCCCUUUGCUGAGAGCUUUCAGUCGAGGCUCUGCUUUAAGAAGUGAGGCCCAUAGCCAGGGAGAGGAGGUGGGGCAAGGAGAGGCGGACAGGCAAGGAGAAGCAAACAGGCAAGGAGGGGCGGAGAAACAAGGAGAUGUGGAACGAGAGCUGGUGGAAGAGGGCGGAUGGGAGGUCAAGGAGAGGGCGGACAUGGGUGGGGUAGGGGUGAUGAAACGAGGAGGGGAAGAAGGGGAGCGAAGUGAGGGAGAGGAGGGUUUUGAAGGAGUGGGGCGGCGUGAGAGUAAGAAAUUAAGAAUAGAAGAGCAAGGCAAGGCUUGUAGUGAAGAGGAGAAGGGAACAGAGGAGCGGGGCUCUAAAAAGCGGGGGAUUGGGGAGCAAGGGACAGGGGAACGGACAGAUUCAAGAAGAAGGAAAUUAGUGGGCCGGGGAAGAGGAGGGAGAAGAGUGAGGGACAGCAGAGGACGGCUGGGUUCACACAGCAAGAGGGGUGCUGUUGAAGGGGCUCUAGUGAGAAUGCUGGGUCAGAGGCGAGUGAGGAAUGAGCACACAAGCAUGGAAGAUUUGGAUUUGGGUGACAGCCUGUCUCGAAAGGCGAAUAGUAUGAGUGGAGAAGGGGGAGUGGUGGGAGGCGGCGUGGAUGCGGUGGGAGGGGGUCUUGCUCGCCCAGCAGUAGAUGAUGGUGAGGCAAGGGAUUUACGGGCGAGAGGAGGAGGACAAACGCCAGGUGCACUGGGAGGGGUGCAGAGUGAUGCUGACGAGGCGGAGGAAGGGGCAGAGAAGGAGGUGAGGAGUGAGGGUGGGGAACAUGGAGAUGCGUCAGUGCAAAAGAGGAGGAGAGUUGGUGCCACCGCUGGACAGGAAUCAAGGGCUUUCUCGACAAUGCGAGUCACUGGCGAGCGUGGUAUCACAGGCGAUGGUGGUGCCACAGGCGUUGGUGGUGCCACAGGCGAUGGUGGUCGGGUCAGUUUGAAGAGGGGGCGUGUGGGGGGUGAGAGGGACGGGAGUGGUGUGAGGGAGGAUGACUUGGAAGCAGAGAGGUUAGGGAGGGGCAGUGCUGUACAGGGAGAUGUGGUUGCAAUGACGGAGGGAGAGGUGGGGGAAGAGAGGGACGAGGGCAGAGGAGAGGGUACGGUGGAGAUAGAGAGGGAGGUCGGCAGGGGAGAAAGGGAGAGAGGCGAGGGGGCAGGUGUUGCGGCUGGAGAUGGUGCAGUGCGGCACUGUGAGAGAGAUGAUGGGGGCGUGGGAGUGUGUGCGAGGGUGUGUGAUGGGAAGAGGGGGGAUGAUGGGGUGGUUGGAGUGGGAGAAUUGGAUGAGUGGGAUGAAGGGGUGAAGCACGAUAAUGUUGCUCGGGUACAAGGCGUUAAUAGGGGUGGGGAUGAUGGGAACAAUGGUGAUGGUGCCGAUGAGAGACAAGAGGAGGAUUCACAGCAGCACACAGACGAUAUGGCGGACCGGCAUGGUCUCGUUAGACCAGUAUAUCGUGCUCUAGUCGCGGCGACGAAACGGCUCGCAUCGGAAAUAGAACGGCACAAGACAACCGACGUCUUCUCUCUGUCCGAGGUUUCAUGGCUGCAGGACAACACGCCAGGCGCGUUAAGAGCCAUCAAGCGAGGGAGGGACGCUUCCUUGGCUCUGCUAAGGCAGGAAUUUCGAAUGCCGCUUACAGGAGAGCCAGGCUCCGUGCAAGCCCAAGAGGACUGGGGUCAACGUCUGGAUCAAGCCCUUUCGUUGCUUGCUGUGUUGAAUCGACGGCUGGCAGUGCUUCAGACACACUCUGCCUCUGAUCACAGCGACAACCUGAGCCAUGGUGUCCGAGUGGAAGUGCAGAGCAAGUUUCAAGUCAUGGACCAGAUACAUUUCGGCGCUCUGUACCAUUACCGUGUCCGCAUUCGCAAUGAGGGAGUGAAUGAGCCGGUGCAGCUUGUAAGCAGGCAGUGGGUUAUAAAGGACUUCGAUGGGAACAUACAGGAGGUUAUUGGUCCUGGCGUUAUUGGCAAGCAACCCAUCUUGGAUCUUGGCUCGGAAUUUGACUUCCUCCCCCCAGCCCCUUUUGUAUCCCCUCCACCCUCUCCUCCCUCCCUCCUCUCCUUCCUCUCCCUGCCUCCUGCAGUGUCUCCUCCACCCUCCCCUCCCUCCCUCCUCUCCUUUCUCGACCCUGCUGUGUGCAGCUUCCUCUCCCUGCCCCCUGCUGUGUCCCCUCCACCCUCUCCUCCCUCCCUUCUCUCUUUCCUAGAGCCAGCAGAGCGCAGUUUCCUCUCAACUCGUUCCUCCUCGCUCUCCUUCCCCUCUCGUCCUUCACGCCUCUCCUUCCGAGACCCGGCUGUACGCAAUUCCCUCCCCACCUCUCCCGCUAUCCCCUUUUCCCUCUCGCUCCGCUCCCUCCUCUCUGUCCGUGAUCCUGCACUGUGCAGCUUCCGCUCUCCCUUUGCUCCAUUCUCAUUAACCCCUCCUUUUGCAAUCUGCCCUCUUGCUUUCACAUCCACCUGCCUUGGCUGCACUGCCUCCCCUGUCCUGCUUGCCCCUGUCUUUGCGCCGCGACCUGCUGCUGUUGCUGCUGCUGCUCCUGGAGCUGCUUCUCCUGUGUCCCCUGCUCCCCCUCCUUUCCCUGCCUCCUCUGCCACUCUCCCGUUCGCUGCUGCUGACACUCCUCCUCCUCCCGCUCCUCCUCUCCCUCCUCUCCCUAUCCAUCUCGCUGUGGCUAUCACUAUCCGUCUGCCUCUGAAGGUCCUUCACUCGCUCCUCUCCCCGCCUCCUCCCCUUCCCACUCCCCUCCCUCCUCCCACCAGCAUCUUCCACCAAUUCCUUCAUCUGCUUCUCUCCAGCCCUUUUCUUCUCCAUUACUUCGCCUCCACCUCCUCUUCCUGCUCCUGCUCUCCCCCCUCUCUCUACCCCAUCCUCCCCUUCAUUGUCGCAAACUCCUCCAUGCCUUCCCCCCCCACGCGCAUGCUCCGCUCCACAAAGCUGCCAAAGCGCCGGUCGAUGCCAAACAUGGACCUAGCACCCAUUGGCCCUCGUGUGGGCCCGGGAGAGUGGGCAGGGCUGCCGAGGGAGCGAGUGGGGCUGUUGAAGGAGCGCGUGGGACUGGCGAAGAAGGGGUGCAGGGCGGACGUGGAUGCUGAUAGAGGGAAGGCUAGUCCCCUGGGGCUGCGGGGAGGCAUGCCCCCGCCCGCUGCCGCUCCUCCUGCCGCUCCUACUGCUGCCCCUCCUGCUGCUCCUCCUGCUCCUGCUGCUGCCAUGCCUGUGCCGUGCCGGGGGUUGGCAAGAGGAACGCCUCUAGGGCUCACAGGCACCACGCUCGACUGCCGCUGCUGCUGCUGUGGCCCUCCUGAAUGCGGCCCUCCUGAAUGCGGCCCUGUUACCCCUGCGUGCGACCCGUAUCCUCCUGCGUGA